GAACCAGAAUAAAAAAUCACAACCAUGAGAAGAUGCUCUUGGGUUUGGUUUCAUUGUCCCCGCUUUCAAUAAAAUAUCCAUCACAGGAUCCCUUUCCUUUCAACAGCUGGACUUUUCAAGGACAUGUUAUUAGGCAAUCAUAUCUACUGGGACACUUCUAGUCAUUUAUUCCAGUUGAUUUCUCUGGGAAGCAAAAGAAGAUGAGGGCUCUUAUCGUGUUGUUGGUAUGUACGGAGCUGCUAUCUUCGGCGCUUUCAUCGGCUGAUGAUGCAUACCCAACUGGCUAUGGUGAUGAACCAGGUGCUUGUCUAAAAAAUAUUGGUAACUUAAGGCCUGAGAGGAGAGAAGUUUACGAAGGUGGAGAAAUAAUUGAUAUCACCCACCCCUUUACUCCUGAAACACCUGUGGGAACUCCUGAUGGUAUAGGAGAAUACCUCACUCUUUUGUUAAGCAUGAAGAAUGGGUCGGAUUAUAAUUUCUCUGAGCUGAAAAUACCUGUUCAUGCUGGCACUCAUGUUGAUGCUCCGGGGCAUAUGUAUGAUCACUACUAUGAUGCUGGAUUUGAUAUUGACUCCCUAGACCUCAGAGUUCUAAAUGGUCCUGCGUUGCUAGUUGAUGUUCCAAGGGACAAAAAUCUGACAGCUGAAGUUAUGAAGUCCUUGAAUAUCCCCCGGGGAGUAAAACGAGUACUUUUCAGAACGUUAAACACUGACAGGCGCCUUAUGUUGAAGAAGGAGUUUGAUACUAGUUAUGUGGGAUUCAUGAAGGAUGGAGCACAGUGGCUCGUGGAUAACACUGAUAUCAAACUUGUUGGAAUUGAUUACUUAUCUGUUGCUGCAUUUGUUGAUCUGAUCCCUUCGCACCUUGUUUUCCUGGAAAGCAGGGAAAUCAUUCUUGUGGAAGGCUUGAAAUUGGAUGGGGUUCAACCAGGAAUUUAUACUGUGCAUUGCUUACCUCUGAGGUUGCUUGGUGCCGAGGGAUCACCCAUCCGAUGCAUCCUUAUCAAAUGAUAUGCCCUAAGAUAUUUUCAUUACCGUCUGGCUAAGGAUACUUGAGAGUGGGUGGACAUGCGGAGGAUCAGUGCUGCACGUAGGUGUAAUAUCAUUUGUCAUUUGUACUAGAAAUGCUUGUCAGGAAGACGGUGUGAGCGGAAUAUAUAAUUUGCUAUGGGUAAUAAUGAUUGGAUAGGACGUUAUUGAAAUAAUUACUUGCCUUGUGAUAUAUGUAAAAUAAAGAAACGAUGGGAAAUGAUAUUCCUAUCUUCGGACUGCGUUGAGCAAGAUUAUCCGAUCCUAUGUGUCAACGUUUAAAGACCAAUUUACCCAA